AUGUCAUAUUUUAAAACGACACCAUUUCGUCAUUUCUUCAUUCCUUUCUCUUAUUUUCAUUAUUCUUCCUUCCCACCUCCCCUUUUUCGCUUGCUCAUUUCUCUUUUUUCUGUCAUUCAAUUACACCUUCCUCCCCUCCUCUCAUUAAAUUCUUUUUCUUCUUCAUCAUGUCUUCUUCCUUUCCUCAUUUCUCCCCUUCCUUUCUCUUAUUUCCUUACUAAUUCCUCUCCCUCUUCUCAAUUUGUGCUCGUCCUUUUUCUUCUUCCUUUUUCUUUCUCUUCUCUUAUUCCCUUACUUCUUUCUUCUCUCCUCUCAUCAUAUGCUUGUACUCUUCCUUGUUUUUUUUUUCCUUCAUUUCCUUAUUUCCCUCUUUCCAUUACUUUUACUCUCUUCCUUCCAUCCUCAAUUUUUUUUUUUUUACAAAUCAGUCCUCUCUCUCUCUCUCUCUCUCUCUCUCUCUCUCUCUCUCAUGCCAAUUUCCACACAAAUGUUUAG